ACGUCACCACGGCCGAGCAGGAUCGCAGGCUUCGACGACGCCUUCUCGGUGUAACUUCGAGUGUAUACGAUAUUAGCGGCGACACCAAACAAGUGUGUGAGAGUUUUGUGAAGCAAGCAAUAGCAAAUUUUAAGAAUGAAAGUGAUUAUCUACGUUUGUGUCUGUGUGCUAUUGCUGGUGUUGGGUGGAGUGGAAUGUGCCCCCCAAGGGCCAGUCACUGAACCAAUUCCCAUCAUACGGCAGGAGCAGGAGGUGAAUCCGGAUGGUAGUUACAGCUGGAAUUACGAGACGGGAAAUGGUAUUGUGGCGGAAGAGCAGGGCUUCCUGAAGAAUGCCGGAACCGAGCAGGAAACACAGGUCGCUCAAGGAGAGUAUUCUUACACGGCACCGGACGGGCAGCUCAUACGGGUGCAGUACAUUGCGGACGAGAACGGUUUCCAGCCGCUCGGUGACCAUCUGCCCACACCACCCCCCAUCCCGCCGGCCAUCCAGCGUGCGCUCGAGUAUCUGGCCAGUCUGCCCCCGGCUGAUGACGCUUCGCGGAGGUACUGAGCGAGAUGGUGGCACGCGACGCACGCCCCAUUAACUAGCACGUAAAGCAAGACUCAUCAAUCGCCUAUUUAGUGUUACUCGAACGGUGCGGUACAGAGAUAACGGGUUGAGCAAUUGUAAGCAAAACUCACCGAUACAUAGCACUGUCACACGGUCACAUACACGCGAGGUAUGUAAAUAAAUCAUAACGUUUUUUUAUUUAA